AUGAAAGCUGUACAAUGGAUGCUCACGGCACUGGUUGGCACGACGAGUGCUGCUCCAGCUUCCUCCCAUGGAGACAGGCAGCACGAUGGACCAGUAGCCCAUGUCAAGAACGGUACUUAUGUCGGACGUCACUUGGACAGCUACAACCAAGAUGUGUUCCUCGGCAUCCCCUUCGCAGAGCCGCCAGUGGGCGACUUGAGGUUCAGCAAUCCAGUUCAUUUCGAUGCUCACUGGACGGGUGUUCGUGAAGUAAAGGAAUACGGCCCAGCAUGCGUCGGCUAUGGGGCAGCUCAAAUUGGAUACGACGUCAUCUGGAUCUUUGGUGGCGCUUUUGUUCAGGGUUCUGGCGUUGACCGGCGGUAUAACAUGUCUUUCAUGGUGGAUCGAUCUGUUGGUAUUGGUCAACCGAUCAUGGCUGUAACGCUGAACUAUCGCCUGGGUGCGUGGGGCUUCUUAGGCUCUGAAGAAGUCACUGCGUCAGGUCAGUCGAACUUCGGAUUGAGAGACCAGAGGUUGGCGCUGGCAUGGAUACAGGAGAACAUCGCAGCUUUUGGUGGCGAUCCCUCGAAAGUCACCAUCUUCGGUCAGAGCGCUGGAGCCGCGUCUGUUGGCUUUCAUCUGCUCGCAUUUGACGGUAGAGACGAUGGUCUCUUCCGCUCGGCGAUCAUGCAGAGUGGUGGCCCACUCGCACUCAGCAGUCUGACAAGUCCAACUCAGGCUGCAUACGACAAUCUCACCGCCACCAUCGGAUGUUCUUCCAACGGGGAUAGUCUCGCCUGCCUCAAGCCUACUCCGUAUGAGGUUCUCAACGAAGCCAUCAACUCCUCCGCUCUUGUCCGUGGCGCUUUCGGUCCCAAGAUUGACGGCGAUUUCAUCGCCCGAUACUCCUCCCAGCAGCUUGCCGACGAAGCAUUCGUCCACGUGCCGAUCAUUAUCGGGGCUAAUUCCGAUGAAGGCACGGCGUAUGCGCCACUAAAUCUUAACACGACCGCUGACUUUAUCGCGUCCCUCACCAGUGGGGACAUUCCAUCCGACUUGGCCGAGCGCCUGGCAGAACUAUACCCCGAUGAUCCAACUCUGCCGCUCGAGCUCGCCAACCUCCCCAACAACUUCGUCCCGAACGCCAGCUAUGGCGCAUACUUCCGCCCAGCAGCCACAUAUACGGGCGACCGCACCUUCAUCGCAGGCCGUCGCCUCGCAGCACAGACGUGGGCAGGGGCCGGGCUGCCUGUAUGGAGUUACCGGUUCAACGCGAUCCCUGCAUGGGCCAAUCAGAUGGACGGCGUUGCACACUUUUCGGAAGUGGCCUUUUCCAUGUACAACAUAGAAGGUCUUGGGUACGAACCAGUCAGGAAGCCACCGUUCGAGGCGAAGCCCGAGAGCUAUACUGAAUUAGCGGAGCUGAUGAGUGGGGACUGGGUGAGCUUCGUGGCGAGUACAGAUCCAAAUGCAUGGCACGGAAGGAGGUUCUUGAGUGGCGGAGAGGUUGCCUGGCCAGCUUAUGCGACCGAAGACGAGGGCAAGGUCAACUAUGUGUACGAUGCCAAUAUGACCAGCUUUGUGGAGAAGGACGACUGGAGACGGGUGGGAAUCGACGCUAUACUGAGUGCAAGCGUGGACGUCUACGAGCGAUAG